GCAGGGAGUCCGCCUGGGAUUCUCUCUCCUUCCCCCUGCUCAUUUGUGCACACAUGCACUCGCGCACUCUCUCUUCCUCUCAAAUCAGUAGAUCUUAAAAAAAAAAAAAAAAAAGGAAGCAACCUUUAGAAAGAAGUAAUUUAGUUUUUCAACCUUGGCUACACAUUAGGAUUCCCUGAGGAGCUUCUUAAAAAUACUGAUGCCUGAACUCCACCCAAGAACCAAGUCAGAAUUACUGGGUUUGGGGGUCAAGGCAUAGGUAGUUUUGCCUGCUUGUUUGUUUGUUUUAAAGCACUUGUGAUUUUAAUGUGCAUUCAAGUUUGAGAAUCAUUGAUAUAACUGACUCUCCCCAUCUCCUUACUCUUCAUUUUGUGGUUGAAUAAAGUGCAGAGAGGUUAAGUGCCACCCAAAUUCUAUCAGUCAGAUGAGAAAGCAUGUAUCUGAGUCAGAGGAAAAUGAAGGAUGUAAGAGGUUGACGUAACAGGUACAUUCAUUUCAGACCAGAAAGGUGGGCCAGCUCCAGUGACUUCCACCUCCGCUCCACGUGAGCGGCCCACAUGGAUGACCGAGUUUUUUAACCUUUGUCAUCGUUUGAACUGUCUCAAGGCCUAAACUCACCGGAGGUGGUGAUUCAAGAGCCUGUGUUGCUGUUUUCCAUCACACCUGAUGAACCAGCUUUUUGUCCUCCUUGUCGCCUCCCAGGCUGUUUUCUGUCUUCUUUCCGGUGCUGAGCCUUGCAGUUCACCUUCUGUGAACUCCCUGGCACCUCGUGGUCCUCUCCUUGACCUUAGCUCUCUAGAUCUGGUCAAUUCUCAACUUGCUAUCAGCAAAAGAUGGUGGAUCGCUUGGCAAACAGUGAAGCAAAUACUAGACGUAUAAAUAUAGUGGAAAACUGUUUUGGAGCAGCUGGUCAACCCUUGACUAUACCUGGAAGGGUUCUUAUUGGAGAAGGAGUAUUGACUAAGUUGUGCAGAAAGAAGCCCAAAGCAAGGCAAUUUUUCUUAUUUAAUGAUAUUCUUGUAUAUGGCAAUAUUGUCAUCCAGAAGAAAAAAUACAACAAACAACAUAUUAUUCCCCUGGAAAAUGUCACUAUUGAUUCCAUCAAAGAUGAGGGGGACUUGAGGAACGGAUGGCUUAUCAAGACACCAACUAAAUCAUUUGCAGUUUAUGCUGCCACUGCCACUGAGAAAUCCGAGUGGAUGAAUCACAUAAAUAAAUGUGUUACUGAUUUACUCUCCAAAAGUGGGAAGACACCCAGUAACGAACAUGCUGCUGUCUGGGUUCCUGACUCUGAAGCAACCGUAUGUAUGCGUUGUCAGAAAGCAAAAUUCACGCCCGUUAAUCGUCGUCACCAUUGCCGCAAAUGUGGUUUUGUCGUCUGCGGGCCCUGCUCUGAAAAGAGGUUUCUUCUUCCAAGCCAGUCCUCUAAGCCUGUGCGGAUUUGUGACUUCUGCUAUGACCUGCUUUCUACGGGGGACAUGGCCACGUGCCAGCCCGCCAGAUCGGACUCUUACAGUCAGUCACUGAAGUCUCCUUUAAACGACGUAUCUGAUGAUGAUGAUGAUGAUGAUAGCAGUGACUAAGGACAUAUUUGGAAAUAUUUAAUUGGGUGUGACUACCUGAGAAAUCCGCUCUGGGGGGGAAUGUAGAAUUCUGAGCUUUCUCUCAGUUUUGCUCUAGCCAUGAAUUUGCCUGAGAAACUUUUAACCUAUGUGCCUCAAUAUAUUCUAUAGAAAAUAGGUCCUGUCAUUGUGUCCUCACCCUCAUCUCCACCCAGCUCCCCACUCUUCUCCAGGGAUAGAUUAUUGCAAAGUAUAUCGGAUAAAUUUUUGGUUUCUUAUUGUUUAAUUUUAGAGUAUUUUGUUGGAAGGUUGGGAAGAGAUGUUUAUUUAACAGAUCAUGUACUACAUUGUUGUUUAUUAUAUGUUCUGUUAUAUGGAAAAACUAAAAGCAAAAAAUGAUGGGAAAAGGAGGAUAAUGCAGUUAGCGAACAUUAUUAGCUUUUUUCCUAACCAUCCUAUCUAAUGGUUAAGACACCAGUAACAAAAAAAAAAAAAAAGUGAUUUGAAAAUGCUUUGUUUGGCUUUUUCACAUACCAUGUGGUGCCUUAUCAUAAUAGCACUGUUACAUGAAAUAAGCCCUUACCUUCUCACUUUUAGUUUUUGAAAAUAACACUGGUGCUCUUUGAAGUGAUAAAAUGAGCAUUUAUGAAUGGGUGUAAUUAGAAAAUACUUCUCAUCUGCCAGCUACAAAUAACUAAAUUUAGAGCUUCUUCAUUCUAUAUGAAUAAUUAUUUUUCCAUAAAAUAGUUGCAAUUAUAUUUUUAUGUUUUAUAGAUUCCAAAUUAUAAUUGUCAAAUAUAUAUUUUAAAUCAAUAGGUAGCUUUUCAUUCUUAAGAAUUUGGUUUGGAACUUAUCAAAUACAGAAUUGUCACAUGGCGUUAAUUUCUACUUUUAGUAAAACAUUUGUAAGUGUAAAUUCAUCUGCUUUAACGUUAUUUCUAGAAUGAAAAAUCUUAUAAAACCUUUGAAAUUCAACAAUCUCUUUAAGAAAAUCCCAUGAUAGAGCACAGACCACUUAGGCUGAAGACUUGGAAGAAAUAAUGUGUAAGAAUGAUCAAGACAGACCAGUUAAGUUUGAUGAGACUAUAUGUCAGUGGAAGAAUUGCCUAUUUCAGUGUCAAACUAUCUUAAAUUUGCAAAUAUAGUGUUAUAUUUUAUAAAGUUUUGUAAAGUCCCAAACGAUAUUUCUAUUUUUGUAAAACAAUUGUAUGUUUAAUCUGUUUCUGAUAUCCUUUUGCAAUCUGUAGAAAUAGAGUAGAAAUUGAUCUUUCUAAAUUGUAAACUUUAUUGAGUCAGUCUAGAUUGCUUUUGAGGAUUGAUAAUUUUUCACUCUUUGCUUUUGAGGCAGCCAUUUAGGUUGAAAGUAUAUUUAUCAUAUAAAACUUGAUGCAUUUUGCACUAUUCUCUCCGUUUGUAUGCUGCAAAUAAUUACAGUCUUUCAAAUAUGAAAAAAAAAAUCAGCCUAAGGUUUGUUUUAAAUUCCAGACUUUUUGUUUUUAAACUUUUAAAUCUGGGUGUAUUGCAGAUGUCACGAGUUUGAGUCAAUCAAUAAUGGAGAAUUUUGGGAUUUGGUAAAGGCACUAACUUUAUUAUUAAAUUGUGAAGGUAUCUGAGAUACAUAGAUUUCCCUGAAGGAAAUGUGAAACAAAGACACAACAGUUUGUUUAUUUGUUUUAAUAUCAGAUGGACAUUUGUUUCCAAGCAAUAUAUACACAUAAGUAAUCAACAUAUCUCAAAACGACUACGAAACCCGAGAAGUGCUAAUGGAGACUUGCUCGGUACAUAGGAACCCAGCAAGCAAAUUUAAGAACCAAGGGGAAAUGUUCUGGGAUGACAUUUGCAUUGUCAACCUCUGUUGACACUGUUUUUACAAUAAAAAAUAUUUUACAACAUAA